UUUAUUUGAUUUAUCAAUCUUAUUUUUUCUAAGAAGCAAAGAAAGACACAUAUGCACAUAUGACGUCUUCUUCUUCUUCUUCUUCUUCCGAUAUAUAUCAUAUGACCGACCCAUGUGGACACGUGCAUGUGGGCGGACCAGGUUUGGAGGACGGAAGGAGGGAGGGGGACCAGGUUUGGAGGAGGGAGGAGCACCCGGGAGGCAGGGAAGUAGCAGAUGGAGGUGGGGAUGUGGGCUUUUAAUGGCGCGCGCCAUGUGACCCUCCUCAUGGUCGCGAAGUUGCGCGUGGCAUGUUUAAUUCGCGCGACAGGUAAUUAAAAAAAAAAAGAAAAAAAGGGGGGGGGAGGCGGAACGUGAAUCGUGGAAAUGCAGACCGGGGAUCUGGGCAGCGCGCUCUGCGUCAUCACCGGGGCUUCGCGCGGCUUCGGCCGCACGCUCGCGAGGCACGUCGCCCGGUGGCUCAAGCCGGGGUCGGUGCUCGUGCUGGCAGCCCGCUCCGGGCCCGACCUCCGGGCGCUGCAGACCGAGCUGACCGCUUCUGGCACCGGCCCAGCCGUGCGCUGCGUGGCGGCGGACCUGGCGACGAAAGAAGGCGUGGCGAGGGUGGUCGGAGCGGCCGCGGAGGCGUCGACCCAGGACGUCGACCACCUCAUGUUGGUCAACAACGCCGGCUCCCUCGGCGACGUGUCCCGCUACACCCGGGACGUGGUCAGCAUGUCCGAGGUGGACUCCUACCUGUCCUUCAACGUCAGCUCGGCGCUGUGCGUCACCACCGGUGUGCUGCGGGCGGUCCCGCCGCGUCCCGGCCUGAAACGCACCGUGGUCAACGUCACCUCUCUGUGCGCCCUGCAGCCCUUCCCCUCCUGGGUGCUGUACUGCACUGGCAAGGCCGCCCGGGAGAUGAUGUUCAAGGUCCUGGCAGAAGAGGAGCCGGACAUUCGGGUGCUCAACUACUCCCCGGGGCCUCUGGACACGGCCAUGCAGGCGGAGGCCAGGUCCAGCACCGCUGACCCGGGCGUCAGGGACUCCUUCUCGGCCAUGUUCGCCCAGGGCCAGCUGCUGACCUGCGACGCCUCUUGUGCCAAACUGCUGACGGUUCUUCUCAAAGACGAGUACCGUUCUGGAGACCACGUUGACUUUUAUGACCUGUAGAGGAAGCCGGGGUGGUGCCCCCCCCCCCCUCUAGCCAAGAGACACAGCAGCACUUGCUUGUCUAUGUAGAUUUUUUCUCCCCCAAGUCUAAGCUUUCAUUUGGACUCAUUCUACAUAGAGUGAAACUUAAUUCAGCUGUUGCACACAGAAGCUUAUCUCUACAAGGAUGCUGAUCAACUCUCGGAUUCAAAUAGACUGGAAGGGAAAGUGACAAUAGCCCCACGUCGUCUGUGGGCUACUGUCACUGUCAUGUCAGUGAUGUCCACCUUCACUUUGUGGGUAAAACCUGAGCUUUUCUUUCUCAAGUGGCAUUAGAUAACUUGAUAUUUGUCGUCAAGGUUGACAGAUUGAAAUGUAAGGCAAUACAGCCCAUCUUGGUUGUCCGCCCAGUGACAAUCUUACACUAAAUGUACCAAACGCUUGUGUGGAGCUAAUGCGGUAUGACUCUGGAGUAUUCUGCAGUGUGUUUUAACUUGAUUGUACCGAGUUCUGCAAUGUCACAGUGCCUAUACUGUAGUUUCAUGCUGCGCUUAAUCACCUAGAUGUGUCCAAUUACUAUUUUCAUUAGUAUUUUGAUUCCCCCCCCCCCACCACCACCAAGUUUUACAUUUUAUUUUCCAGACAUUCCCACAGCGAGGGAGGCUUGUGGCUUUAGUUUUCAUGUGUAAGUUACUGCAAAAGGUUGUUUUGUUUUUAAUCAUUUACUUCAAGUGGGUUACCAAACCAGUUUGGUUGCCCUAUGUAAAGUUCUCAUGUGUGUUUUACUGCAAUAGAUGUUUUGUUUUUAAUCAUUUACUUCAAGUGGGUUACCAAACCAGUUUGGUUGUCCUAUGUAAAGUUCUCAUGUGUGAGUUACUGCCAUAGAUGUUUUGUUUUUAAUCAUUUACUUCAAGUGGGUUACCAAACCAGUUUUGUAAAAUUAAAUUAAAAUAAAAUAAAAUUAUCCAACCAGA